AGUCUCUCUCCCUUCUCAGUACGUUCCUGAGAGGGGCUCUCCGAGCAGGGGAAAUGAAGUCACUGCUGUCGGCUGUCUUGGUGCUAACCUUUUUUGAUCUAAGAGCAGCAGAUGACAGAAAGCAUUCUUCCUGCAGCAGCCCCCUCGGGGACUCGGACCCAGUCUCGGAGACGUCCUUCUCUGCUACGUCCCCCCACUUCAACGCUGAGGAAGCCUAUUCUGCCCAUAUGCCUGAGCACCUUCGCUGCGAUGCCUGCAGAGUGAUAGCCUUCCAGAUGCAGGAAUACCUGACAAAAGCAGAAUCCAAACGGCCGUCUGCUAAAGCGCCGGCCGCUCGCCUGAGCGAGUCCGAAUACGUGGACACACUGGAGAACAGCUGCUCGCAGAGCUGGGAAAACUAUGGAGUGCAAGAAGUGGGGGGAGUGAAACGCUUCGCCGGGCCUGGCCUGAAGAGCCAGGAGACCAUGAGUGUGAUGAUGACGGGUGGACCAUGGCCAGCAAGAUUAUAUAAGCUGUGCCACAGCUACCUGGGGGAAUUUGGGGAAGAGCAGAUCUACGAGGAGUACCGACGCAGGCCAGCUGCCUUGGCAGAGUUCCUGUGCUUCGAAGAGCAGAGAGCCUGUACAAGACUUAGCGACACCAAAAGCAAAAGCCCAAACAAAGCGAAGGCUCUGCAGAGUGAGCUGUAGUUCUGCUCCUGCUCAGCCAAGAUAGGCAAAUAGGUCUAAGCUGACGAGCGUGUGCCGUCAGCCUGGCCUGCAGAUUGGCCAUCAAAGGAGACCAAUGUGAAGUUUCUGGGCUUUCCCCCAAAAAACAAAUGCUUCCAGGCUCUUUUACAUCGUUGUUAUUGAUGAAAAAAGAUCAGUCCCCGUAACCCCGCAGGGCUGACAGGCAACCCAAUAAUAAGAAAACAACGUGUACAUCCGAGCAACCCAAUAAUAACAAACCAACAUGUACAUCCAGGCAAUUCUAUCAUAACAAACCAAAAUAUACAAUCAGGCAACGAAAUAAUAACAAACCAAUAUGUAAAUCCAGGCAACCCUAUCAUAACAAAACGGUAUGUACAGUCAGGCAGCUUUAUAAGAAUAAAAUGAUAUUCUUAGCCCAGCAAUUAUUUAUGGACAACCCUAAAAUAAACCAACACACAUACAUAAUUACAUACCAUAUAUCAAUCCAAUGCCAGAAACACAUGGUGGCAGAUCCUUGGUGUAAAUUAUCAUAGCUUCAGCAAAGUCUGUUGGAGCUGGGCUGUAGUCAAUGGCACUCUGACAAUUUCCACCUGCUGAGGAUCUGCCCACUAGAUCUAAUAUAAGCUCAGUAUAUUGAAAUAGUUACAUCCAGUCUGAUUUUUAGAAGCCCCGACUCCUCACAGGUCCCUUUGACUUCCUUUCCCACAUUGAGACAUGGGGCAUAUGUAGGUUUGUUGUUGAAUUCCUCAGGUUCCUAGCUGUACAUUCUAUAAAUAAUGCAUUUUACUAACUCUAUGAGUAUAAAUCAAUGGCCCAUCAUUUCCCAUUGUAUCUCACAUCUUUAAGUCAUUCUCAGAAGGUCAUUUAAAUGAUUGUCAACCCUAUGGCGCCCAUGGUGCAAAUAUGUUUCAGGUGGUUUGAAAAAAUCUCUUUCUAGGCUGUUCUCUCGUAUGGGCUAGUGCUCAUUGCCUGGCAGUGCUAAGGUGUUUCCUUCACCACCUAACUGAGCACAAGGGCAUUGAUGGCUUAAGUCAGUGUGGAAACUUUCUGUCUUUGUUUAGGUGGAGGGGUUUUAAGUGCAUUUGGGGGCCUUUUACUCACUGUAUGAUCAAUUGUUUUCCCCUGGCUAUUCUUCCCCUGUUAUUUCUAUCUAAUUUUAAGCUGCCUAUCUUUUGCUCAUCACCUGGGCUCAACAGGUGACCCUGCUGCCCUCUCUUCCCAGCACUUGGGGACGUUUCAAUCCUUUUCCACCUAACUUGGUUCACUUCUUCCUGCACAGCAGGAUUUUUCUGACAGCGAGAGUCAUUCCUUUGUGAAUGUUUCCAGUUAUUAACUGCUUCCUGUUGUGGCUCACAGACCUGCAGUCUGAUGAGCAGGCUGUGCGUUUAAUAUGUUGUUCCGAUCCUGUUCUAGGUUCCUGCUUUACAUAGUUAAUUUCUAGCUGGCCGAGUGUCUGGCCUGAAUGGCGCUGUCAUUUCAGGGGAUGGUUUGUUUUAUAAAACGUUAUGGUCUG